AUGGAAAAAAACAUGAACGGGCUGAAUCUGGCGGGCUGGCCCAAUAGUGGCAGGUGCUGGGAGGCAGCUCACCAUGGGCUUCGGCCCAGCUGGAAGCAGAGGAGGCCCGCGACUACGUUUCUGGGCCAUGGGCCGUGCGCUGGGCUGGACGAAGCUGGGGCGGCGCUGGGCCUUGGCGAUCUGGUACGGGAGAUCCACAGCGAGGCGCUGGAUGAGCAGGCUGUCAACGGGGCUGGAUCUCUCUGCUCAUUUCUGAAGAAGAACUGCAGCGACAGAGCAUGUUUCCUGGGAACUGCUAGUAAACAUAUGGAUAGAUCUUGGAUUCGUGGCACACUGUUCUCUCGAGAGUACGUCAAUGGUGUCAAAGAGUUUAUGAACUUAAUUCAAGCAAAAUUCAGCGAGGAUGAAGAAAUACUAUGCCCAUGUAGAGAAUGCCUUAAUCGCAAAUACUGGCAUCAAGCUGUUGUGAACAAGCACAUAUUGACGCAUGGCAUGGAAAGUACAUAUACUCGCUGGAUAUAUCAUGGAGAAGACUUCAAUGCAGAUGUUAUUGAGCAUCCUGUUGAUGUGCAUGACUCCGAGGAUGGUAACAAUGGUGCUGACCGAUUUGAAGAGAUGUUUGGUGACCUAUGCACAGCAGUAGAACAAGAUCAGAAGGAAACUGAAAAUGAAGACGGUAACAAUGAUGCAAAUCCUUCUGAGACUGAGUCCUUUCUGAAGAACGUGGGGAAAGAGGCAAAGCGGCACCUUUAUCAUGGUUGUACCAAGUUUUCAAGGUUCUCAUUUGUGGUGAAUCUUCUUCAUUUGAAGUCAUGCCAUAGGAUCACAAAUAGUGCAUUUACUGACAUUUUGAAGCUACUGGCUAAAGCAUUCCCUCAACCCAAUACACUCCCAAAAUCUUAUGAAGAAGUAAAGAAUCUUCUAAAGGAAUUAGGCCUUGGGCAUGAGUCUAUACAUGUGUGCAUCAAUAAUUGUGUUUUGUUCAGAAAGCAAUAUGCCAAGCAUGAAAACUGCCCAGUUUGUGGCAUGUCAAGGUGGAAAGACCCUGCUAGAAAGAAGAUGCCACAGAAAGUUCUAAGGCAUUUUCCAUUGGUGCCUAGGCUGAAGAGGAUGUUUCUUUCCAAAAAAGCAUCAGAAGAAGCAUAGUGGCACAAGCUAAAGAGGCAAGCCAGUGAGAAGGGAAUGAGCCAUCCAGCUAACGGUGAUGCGUGGCAAGAUUUUGAUGAAAAAUAUCCAAAAUUUGCAGAAGAUGCCAAAAACAUGAGGCUUGGCAUUGCCACUGAUGGGUUCAAUCCUUUUGGAAACUUUAACACAACCUAUAGUAUGUGCCCUGUAUUUGUUGUGCCAUACAACCUUCCACCUUGGGCAUGCAUGGAUCAGUCAAAUUUCAUGAUGGCUC